AUGGCAACAAGCAGAGGAAGAAUGAAUGCUGGGAUACUUCUUUUCUGUCUGACUUUAGCUACUAUUCCUCUCACUCAUUGUGAUGCAGAUAGAUCAAUAAGAAUAUGGAAAUCCCCUAAACAUAGAAGAAUUGUAAUCAACAAGAACUCAAAGAAGUUGAAAAUAAUCAAACAUUUUGAUUUUAAUCCAACUAUAUAUUCAUCAAAUGCACAACCCUAUAGUAUCAACUCUCCAUUAUCUUUGCCUCCUUAUGAAUCACUAGGUCCAGAAAAUAGCACUCCAUAUUGUAUAUUUCCACCACCAGGUACUCCUAUCACUGUUCCAACCCCCACUGGUUCUCAACCUACCCUACCAUCACCUCCUUCCUCUUACAGCUCACCUUAUCUUCCAGUCCAAAGCCCACCUCCAGCCCCAACAACCAUAACACCAAGCCCACCAGAAAAUCUUCCAACACCAACACCUGAAAUCGUUCCAAGCCCACCAGAAAAUCUUCCAACACCAACACCUGAAACUGUUCCAAGCCCACCAGAAAAUUUUCCAACACCAACACCUGAAAUUGUUCCAAGCCCACCCAGUAACAUACCAGGCUCACCAGAGCCUAUAUUAAAUCCUCCCAUCAUUUUUCCAGGCCCACCCGAGUCAUCGACGAGCCCGCCUUAUUUUGAGCCCGCCCCACCAUACUACGAGCCCACACCAACACCAUUCACACCUUCCCCUAGUGGAGGCAGUGGCACCAUCCCAAGCCCAUCAAGUACAUUUCCAUCUCCUAGUGGAGGCAGUGGAGGCACUAUCCCAAGCCCAUCAAGUACGUUUCCAUCUCCUAGUGGAGGCACUAUCCCAAGCCCAACUGUAUUUCAGCCACCUGUAGUCUACCCACCACCAAGUGUGCCGCCGCGAACCAACAGGGCUCCGCAGGCCGCAUUGUGGUGUGUGGCUAAGGCUUCAGUUCCAGACCCAAUCAUCGAAGAGGCGAUGAAUUAUGCUUGUUGGUCAGGAGCUGACUGCACAUCGAUUCAGCCCAACGGGCCUUGCUUUGAGCCAGACAGUGUAUUUGCACAUGCUUCAUAUGCCUUCAAUAGUUACUGGCAAAGGACUAAAGCUUCUGGUGGCACUUGCGAGUUCGGAGGAACAGCAGUAUUGGUUUCAGUUGACCCUAGCUUUGAUGGAUGCCACUUCAUCUACAACUGA